CUAUCAUGGCUCUCUACGCAUCGUUGGUGCUAGUCUCCGCUGCGUGCCUCAUAAGCUUUUCUGUGACGGGUGAAGAAAUAUCUAAAGUCACAGAAGAGAAAACAGAGACGAAAUCCGAAAAUGAUGAUGAAGUUACUGCCAAAAGAGUGGUUUUCGGUUCGUUACACCCGAUCAACCAUAAUGUUGGCAUUGGCGGUGGUUACGGCUCAGGUUCUGGUCACGGCGCAGGUGCCUCAGGGGUGGGAUUAGGCGUUGGUUUCGGUUUGGGCGGUGGCGGUGGCGGCGGUGCAGAAGGAGGCGGUGCAGGAGGAGGAGGAGCCGGAGCAGGUUAUGGCAUCGGUGGUGGAUCAGCCAGCAGUAACUACGGAACCGGUGCCGGUUAUGGACAAGGAAGCGGUUCCGGCGGAGCUGGAUAUGGGCAAGGAAGCGGUUCGGGUGGUGCCGGUUAUGGACAAGGAAGCGGUUCCGGCGGUGCUGGUUAUGGACAAGGAAGCGGUUCCGGCGGUGUUGGUUAUGGACAUGGAAGCGGUUCCGGCGGUGCUGGUUAUGGACACGGCAGCGGUUCUGGCGGUGUUGGUUUUGGUCAAGGAAGUGGUUCCGGUGGUGCUGGUUAUGGGCAAGGAAGUGCCUCUGCCGGCAGUUCCAGCUAUGGUCAAGGAAGCGGUUCCGGUGGUUCUGGUUAUGGACAGGGAAGUGGUUCUGGCGGUUUCGGUUAUGGACAAGGAAGCGGUUCUGGUGGCUCCGGAUAUGGACAUGGAAGCGGUUUCGGUGGUUCUGGUUACGGACAAGGAGCCGGUUCCGGUAGUUUCGGACACGGAAGCGGUUAUGGUUCAGGAAGUGGUUCAGGCGGUAGCACUGGCGGAUACGGUAUCGGGUCUGGAGGAAGCUACGCAAACGGUCUUGGAGCCGGUCAAGGUAGUGGUUUUGGCGGCGGAUCUGGAGGAGGUUACGGAGGUGGAUCCGGCCAAGGAGUCGGAUUUGGUAGCGGUGUCGGUCACGGUCACGGACACGGCGGUGGUUUUGGACACGGCGGAGGAUUUGGUCACGGCGGUGGAUUUGGUCACGGUGCUGGAUUCGGUCAUGGUGGUGGUUACGGUGUCGGCGGUGGAUUUGGUGGUGCUCAUAGUAUCUUCGGUCUACACCACAAGCCUCAACUCAUCGGAGCCCUCGCACACGGUGGUGGCAUCGGAUUUGGCGGCGGUGCCGGCGGCGGCGCAGCAGCUACUUAUGGCUAACGGUACGGGCCAUACGUAUACUCCAACUCAACAUGAUAAUUUAUCAUUAUUAUAAUAAUAUAACAACCGUAUAAUAUAAAAAAUUAUUUAUUCGUA